ACCACGAUGUGUGCCGACGACGACUUGCUUAUUGCUGCCGCAGCUGUAAUUAUAAUCGACCAAAAUGAUAGAAAAAAAGCUAGAAAAUCACGGAAACGACGAUUUUGGGUACGUCCGAGCUUAAAAAGUGGUAGAGCUAAGUACAGUGUCAAUGAUUUUAUGAAUGAUCUAAUUUUGGACGAAGUAGACAAAUUAAAUCUGGAGUACCGAUGUGGAACUGGUUUCCGGAAUUUUUUCCGAAUGACGAGCAGUGACUUUGAGACUCUCCUUAGUUUGAUUGGCCCAAGAAUCACCAAGAUGGACACCACAUUUAGAAAAGCUAUUCCUGUUAAUGAACGGCUUGCUGUAACAUUGCGGUUCCUAGCAACAGGAGAUUCCUACCAUUCUUUAAUGUACAUGUUUAAAAUUUCGAAGCAAGUAAUUUCGGCCAUCGUUCCAGAAGUUUGUGAUGCUUUGAUCAACGCUUUGCAAGAUUAUAUAAAGAUGCCUGAAAAUGAAUCGGAAUGGAAAGAAAAAGCAAAUGAGUUCAAUGAGAAAUGGAAUUUUCCAAACUGUGUCGGCGCUUUUGAUGGAAAGCAUAUAGCUCUGCAGGCACCAAUUAACAGUGGAACUGAGUAUUUUAACUACAAGGGUUUUUUUAGUAUCGUUCUUUUUGCAGUUGUAGACGCGAACUACAAUUUCACUUAUGCAAAUAUUGGCUGUCAAGGCCGAAUUUCGGAUGGAGGUGUAAUUAAUGAAACUAAAUUCAAAAAAAGUCUAGAAGAUAACACAAUGAAUUUACCCAGCCCUUGCAAACUUCCUGGAAGAAAUAAAUCUACACCAUUUGUUUUCGUUGCUGAUGAUGCGUUCCCUCUCACAUGCAAUAUUAUGAAGCCAUACGCUGGGACACAAGAAAAGGGUUCAAUGAAAAGAAUUUUUAAUUACCGACUUAGUAGAGCUCGUAGAGUUUCUGAGAACACUUUCGGAAUUAUAAGUUCUGUUUUUCGCAUACUUAGAAAACCAAUAUUGUUGGAACCAAAAACUGCUAAAAAGGUUGUAUUGGCCAUAGUUUAUUAACAUAAUUUUCUACGAAAACACUCUAAAACACUUUAUAAUCUCAAUGGAGCAUUUGAUGUGGAUAGCUCAGUAACAUAUCCAGCUGAUUCAGGAGACGGGCUCAACAAUAUUGCUAGAGUUCCCAGAAGAAGUGCAACCGAUGCCCAAGAAGUUAGAAAUGAAUUGGCCGAGUAUUUUAUUUCAC